AUUCAAUCGGAGUCAGAGACAGAAGAGCCACUUGCGCUCUCUUCUUCUCUUCUCUCAAGCCGCCAUUGGUGAGUUCUCUAACCUUUUCUCUAUUGUCUUUCCUUGUAGAUCUCAUUGAUUGCCCGAUUUGAAUUGAUUCACGACUACUUCGUUGUUUUUACAUUUGGCUGUUUAGGGUUCUAUGUUGAUUAGAUUUAAAGCUUCAAUCUUUGAAUUAAUGGUUCCUUUUACUCCUCUCGUUGCCAUUAUUAGGGUUUUUUUUAGGUUUGGUAUGUUUUGAGCAUAGAUUUGAAGUUAUUGAACAAUUGGGUUGUUGUUUAUCUUACUUCUAGUUUGAAUAUUAGAGAAAUUAUUAAACUUUAGGGUUUUAUGAUUUGAGCUGUAAGAUUAUCUAACUGUUGUAAAUUAUAAUGCAGGAUUUUUAUAGAGAUAACUUGAAAAUUUUCGAUCUUGAUAAGUAGGGAGCUUGAAAAUUUUAGCCAUUGGUUUAUUAUAGAGAAGAACUUGAAAAUUUUUGAUUUCGAUAGUAGGGGAGCUUGAAAAUUUUCGCCAUUGUUUUUCAGUUUUGUAUGUUCUUGGUUAAAUUGUGAUUUUAAUAUCAUAUAAUAAUUUAUAAUUAACAAAAAAAAUUGAAUUUUCGAAAUAAAAAAUGAAAUAAAUCCUUAAAAAAAAAUCAAAUCAAAUCAUGGAGAGUAGAGAAGAAGAGUGAUAAUGAUGAUGAUGAUGAAUUUACAGACUAUAGCAAAACCAGUCAUAACGAUUACUACAACAACCACUGUUAAUGGCUUCUUCUUCUUAAGCUCAAACAUUUCAAUCAAAUCCAAACCCAAAUUACAACAAUUUCAUUGUCUCUCACUCUCAACUUCUAACACUCCCAACAAAAACACACAACACACAACCCUUCUAGUGGACACUUUCCAUGAGCACCGUAUUCUCAAAAACUUGUUCAAUAAGCUCGAUAAGACUGACUCAUGCCCUUUGCAAUUGCUUAAACAAGAUGGAGAUUGGACUAAACAGAAUUUCUGGGCUGUUGUUACUUUUCUUAGACACCAUUCCAGGUCAUUGGAAAUUCUUCAGCUUUUCGGUAUGUGGAAGAACAUUGAGAAAUCGCGGAUAAACGAAUUGAAUUACAACAAGACAAUAAGAGUUCUUGUUGAAGAUGAUCUGAUUGAAGAAGCAGAAUUGUUAUUUGAUGAGAUGAAGAAUCAUGGUCUUAGUCUUUCUUUGGAAACCUACAAUUCAAUCAUCCAUGGUUUUGCAAGAAAAGGGUUUUUUGACAAGGCUUUACAUUAUCUUGAUGAGAUGAAGGAACUCAAUGUAGCACCGGAAAGUGAUACUUAUGAUGGACUUAUCGAAGCUUAUGCGAAACACGAGAUGUACGACGAGAUAGGAAUGUGUUUAAAGAAGAUGAAACUCAAUGAUUGUCCACCCGAUCACAUUACUUAUAAUUUGCUUAUGAAAGAGUUCUCACGAGCCGGGUUGCUCAAGAAAAUGGAGAGUGUGUAUCACACUAUGGUUUCGAAGAAAAUGUAUUUGCAGCCUUCAACUUUGAUCAAAAUGCUAGAGGCUUAUGCGAAAUUCGGGAUCUUGGACAAGAUGGAUAAGUUCUACACAAGAGUGUUGAUAUUGAAAAUCCCUUUAGGGGAAGAUUUGAUCAGGAAACUAGCUGAGAUUUAUAUUAACAAUUACAUGUUUUCUAAAUUAGAGACCUUAGGGAUUGAUCUCUCUUCAACAUUUGGUGAAACUGAACUUCUUUGGUGUCUUCGUCUUCUUUCUUACGCUUGUUUGUUAAGUCGAAAGGGUAUGGAUUCGGUUAUUCAGGAGAUGUCAGAUGCAAAGUUCCCAUGGAAUGUAACUACUGUGAACAUCAUCAUGUUAACUCAGUUGAAGAUGAAGGAUUUCACACACUUGAGAAUUUCACUUUCUCAGUUAACUUAUACAGUGAAGCCAGAUAUUAUUAGCAUUGGCAUUCUUUAUGAUGCAAUUAGUAUGGGUUUUGAUGGAACUCGAGUUUUCGAGACAUGGAGAACGAUGGGAUUUCUUUCUGGAGCCGUCGAAAUGAAUACUGAUCCAGUUGUUCUUACUGCAUUUGGAAAAGGGCAUUUUCUUAAAAGCUGUGAAACUGUCUACGCUUCUCUUGAACCCGAAUUUAGAGAAGAAAAGACAUGGACAUACCAUAAUCUCAUCGAUUUGGUGUCCAAAUCACAAAGGAAGGUAACCAGUUAGCUGCUUCUUUUCUCAUGGGCAAUAACAGGUGCGCGGUUGAUGAAUGGUUAAUCGAAUUUUGAGCACAUUUCGGUGUUGUGCUUUAAGAUUCACUCGUGCUGCCAUGACAUGUAAGAGGAAAGUGAAUUCGAUUGGGCGAAAUACUGUUAGCAAAAACAUGUUUUUAUUUGUUUUUUCAGGAACAAAAUGCAGUUGUUGUUGAUUAGCUUGGGGAGGAAAAUAGAGAAGAAAAAGAAGCUAGUCAUCAUCUGAAUCUGUAAGAUAAAGCUCUUUUAAAAGGAAUAUAUACAUAUAUAUAUAGUACUAUCAAAUUGUAUGUAAGAGAAAUCACUUGACAAUCACUUACUUCAAUAUGUUAAAUUAGAUUUGUAUGAGGUCUGAAUUAGAUUUUAC